UGAGGGUUCUGAAGGAAAUGUUCCCGACAAGGAUGCUCGAAGAGUUGUGAAGAUGCUACUUCGAGAUCUUAUGAAGCAAACUGACAUUCAUCUCCUCAUGUACUGUGUGCGUGGUGUGAGAGUGACGAAGGCGCUCUGCCGCAACUACGAUUUAAUCCGCUCCGAAGUGAACGAGAGAAUUCCAAUCGUUCUUGUCGCAACAAACUUAGAAUACAAAGGACCAGACAUGGAACAAUGGUGGAAGGAUAACGAGCGAUCCAUCUCAAAUUUUGGGAUGAUCUUUGCUGGUCACGCAUGUGUCACCACAGCGACUUUCGACAAAGAUGCGGGGGUGAGCUCAAGCAGCGCGGUCAACAGUCAUACCAUGCCGUCUGUCGACUUAUCGAACAGUAUUUCUCAAAAGAGGCUGCAAGUAAGAACAGGGAUAGAACUAUCGUACUCUUUGGAGACACAGGGGCAGGCCAAAGCUCGGUCGUCAACCUCAUAGCGGGAAAUGAGGUAGCACGCACAUCUCCUGACAUGCAACGCUGUACAAUGGGGUGGACAGAGUAUCAUAUCGGCUUCGACGGUGGCUCGUACACAGUUUUCGACACUAUCGGACUCCAGGUACCGCAACUGGGAAUCGAAGAAUACAUCGAGUCUGUCAAAGGCGCUUAUCGCCUCGUCAAGAAAUUGGAUGAAAACGGCGGCAUUGAUCUGCUUAUAUACUGCGUUCGCGCCGGCAGAGUCACUGCCACACUUCAAAGCAAUUAUCGGCUCUUUCAUGAAUUUCUCUGCGAGAAGAAGGUUCCCAUUGUUCUCGUCAUCACAAACCUCGAGAGAGAGAGACUAGGAUGGAGGACUGGUGGGAUAGAAACAAAGAGACCUUCAGCAAGUACGAGAUUCAGGUCGCCGGUCAUGCGUGCAUCACCGCUGCCAAUAAAUUGGACGGCAGACACCAAGUUCUUUAUGAAGAAUCGCGAAUCACGAUCCGCAAGCUUGUUAAGGAAUUUACUGCCGGCGGGCAGAAGCAGAAAUGGACAGGAAGACACAGCCUGUUCGUUUCGUUUAUGCUCAAGCUGAAGGAGUUACUUGUAGGAGGUUCGCAUGUGAGAAGGAAUGAUAUUGUUCCUCAACUCACGAGGCGUUGUGGCAUAUCUACAGAAGUCGCCAAUGAGUUGGCUGAUGCGAUCAAACUAGUUUGACCUCCCAUUGAACUUGUACCUCAUCCUUUACAGACUCUACCCUCACGAAUCGGUACAUACUAUACUACGUAUUUUUUAUUUCAGUAUAUGUAGAUGCACAGUAAGUAGUUAAAUGUGAAUUUACUGGUCACUA